GUGUUUGAAAUUUACGGCUAACGAAAUAAAACGACCGACCUUUUCGGUAAUCAGUGUUUGCACGGUAUACAAUUACACGACGUCUUUUCAGUACCUUGCCAGUAUACGUUAUUGACAGGGAGUAAUAAUAACAGUCGUAAGACGAGUGGUAACGUGAGACGAACACGAAGAAGCGGGGUUACCUUUGUACGUACACAGCCGGUCGACACCUCGGCACACAUACACGUACACGUACAUACACGUCCCACGUGUUUGUUUCUAUUGGUGGAGGAGUUAGCCACUGGCCGUUGGUGUAGUACACAGAGCAUUCAGUAGUAUAUAAGGGCGACUCUUUCGUACGAGCACGCAUAACCGAGAGGGAGUCAUUCCAUGACACGCGUUGCACGCGACCGGGGCAAACCUCUUCCUUCAUUUCUUCCUCUUCUUCACUGUUCUUUCGACAUAUUCAGACCUCUACUGCUCGGACCUCUACUGCUUAGUUCCUCGAAGUAGACCCUAGAGGGGUAGCUCCGUCCUCUUUCACUUCUCUCUCCCUUCCUUGUCCUUUCUCUCUCAUUCUCUCCUGUCUACUUCCUUCCGCGUUUCCCAUCGCACGGGUACACGUGUGUUCAUCCUUUCUAUUUUUCCUUUUUCGCACUUGAUGCCGCUUGUUUAUCGCAAAAAUAUCGACCAAGUGAAUAGUAAAAGACAGUUGAGCAGCGAAGAGAAGUAGAGGGACAGUAAAGGAUUCGUUAGCCGAAAAUACGUUCGAAUGAGAAAUUUAUCAUUCCCUGAAACAAGUGAACACCGUAAGAAUCGAGAACCGUCGAUGGCGUUAUAAUUCUUAUGAUACAGAGUGGAUAUUCUACAUAAACGUGUGAAAUAUGCAAAAGGCAAGAGGAUACUGAAGAAAACGUGGUAGGUUGGAACACCGUGGACCAUUCACCAUGUCCUCCUCGACGCUUGUCACGGGAGGUUCAUGGCUCACGUUGAUCCUGUCCAUGUGCCUGAUGACGAUCGUCGUGCUGCUACUGGUGCGACGAGGGAAGUUUCUCUACGCCUUGAGGAAAGUGCCUUACCCCCCUGCUUUUCCCAUUAUCGGUAAUGCCUAUCAACUGUGCUGCAGCCCGGAAGAAGCUUUCAAAAAGAUGAUCAAAUGGGGCAAAGAGUUAGGAGAUAUGUAUCUGAUCUGGGUUGGGAUGAGACCUUUCAUUUUUCUCUACAAGGCGGAAGCAAUACAACCAUUAUUGAGCAGCAGCGUUCACAUCGACAAGAGCUUGGAGUACCAGUAUUUACACUCUUGGCUUGGCAACGGUUUGGUCACCAGCAGUGGUGAGAAAUGGCACUUUCAUCGGAAACUGUUGACGCCAACUUUCCACAGCGGUCUCCUGGAAGUAUAUCUGAAGGGAACGAUCAGGGAGGCACAAAUAUUAAUUUCAUGUUUAAGGAAGGAAGUUGGCAAACCGGAAUUUGAUAUUGUUCCUUACGCGAAACGAGCAACGUUGGACAUAAUAUGCGAUAGUUCAAUGGGAUGUAAUGUCAAUGCACAGCAGAAUGGUGAAAACGAAUACGUACUGGCUGUGAACACACUAGCUUCCAUCUCACAGAGAAGAUUUCUGAACGUGUGGAUGUCCUUUGAUCCCAUUUUUAAGUUGACAACAUGGGGCAAAAAACAUGAUCAUGCACUUCGUGUUACUCAUGGAUUUGUUAAUAAAAUAAUUGCUGAAAGGAAAGCCGAGUGGAAAGCCAGGAAGGAUGGAAAUUUUAAUGAACGUUCUCAAAAACGUCAAGCUCUGUUAGAUUUACUAUUAGAAUUAUCAGAUGAUAAUCGAGUGCUUACUGAUGAUGAUAUUCGAGAUGAGGUGAAUACAUUCAUGUUUGCAGGACAUGAUACCACUGCAACUAGCGUAUCUUGGAUUUUGUAUGCAUUGGGAAGGCAUCCACAGUAUCAGGAAAAGAUUCUCGAAGAGUACUACAGGGUAGCAGGAACAAAAGAAUUAUCUUUAGAAAUAUUAAGCAAAUUAACUUGGCUAGAAGCAUGUAUAAAGGAAUCUUGGAGAGUGUAUCCAGUAACACCACUUAUUGCAAGACAGAUUUAUCAUCCUAUUACUAUUUUGGGGCACGAAAUUCCGAUAGGAUCAACAGUUAUCAUUAAUUCGUUCCUUCUUCAUCGUGACCCUCGAUACUUUCCAGAACCAGAUACAUAUCGACCUGAACGAUUUCUUCCUAAUGGACCAAAAUAUCCUUCUUAUGCUUUUGUUCCAUUCAGUGCUGGUUCUCGUAAUUGUAUAGGAUGGAAAUAUGCCACGAUGAUCGUCAAGGUUCUUAUUUUGUAUAUAUUAAAAAAUUUUCAAGUCGAAUCUUUGGAUACUGAAGAUCAACUUCGCUUCAUCACUGAACUGGUAUUAUACAACGCCGAUGGACUUCGAUUAAAAAUUACACCAAGAAAAAACACAAUUAUUGUUUAAUUUUACUACGAUAGUAUAGAAUCGAAUGAAAUGAAAUGGUCCAAGAUACCUUCUUGGACCUGUAAGAAAAAGGCUGAUUUUUUCUGCAUAUCAAAAUCAGAAAGAUCAUAAUUUGUGAUAACAACGAUGAUAUUAGUUUGUAUCGUGUUUGUGCGUUAAUCACGAUUGUUAUUCAUUUAAAUUUA